UGAUGGCACCCACCUGCACAAGAAAGGAAAAUCUCAACUUCUGGCGACUGAUUUCUUGUCAGCCAACACUCUGACCGUCGCCUGGCGAUGAUGGUUUUGAGUAUGUUCAAAUUCCAGGAGGUUUUUGGGCGUAAACAUUUUGAGACUUUGUGAGAGUUGCUCGAUAGAGAAAGGUUGUUCUGGCCGGAACCGUCGUAGUCCCCAACAAUCCAAAGUUGCCAGAAGCUCUUAGACCUCUUCCCUCGACGCCGACGCUGAAGCAGCAGCCGCUAUUGAACACCCAUCAUCAACUCCACUGUGCCAAGCCACUAUAGUAGUGUAGAAUACAGGUGUAAGGACUUAAUAAGCGCUUGUUUAUUUUAGGUGCUCGUCAAUGGAGCUCACCUUGGGACCAUAUGAAGGACAGUGUACUGCGGGGACUUCCCCUGUAGUGCUAUGGUAUGGUAAUCUCUGUGGUUAAUUUUCGUGCCGAGGAUUUUCGUGUUUUGAAGUGUAGCGAGUUGGGGGUAGUGUCGUUUUAAGCCAUGGGCUGACAUUACGGCGGUUAGGGGUGAUGAAGACGAAGUUGUGUGAUGGUUUGAAGAUGGCGAGGUGACAUAGGACAGAGUGGAGUGGUUUCAGUGCGGGCUUUGGUGUCGGUGAGGGAAUGCUGACGGAUUUGUAGAGAGUUGGGGUAGGGGAGUUCGUUGUACUGAUGAUUACCCUAGCUUUGGGGAGCUAUACAUGAGAAGAUGAGCUCAUGACGGGGCCAUGGAAGGGACGGAGACGAGCGGAGGGGAGCGACAGCGGGGACGGGGAAGAAAGAACAGGUGUAGAGGAGGGGAUCUGUUUGGCUCCUCCCAAUAUUACUUGCGCUGGUCGUAGUAUCUUACUCGGACGGUGCGCGUAGUUGUGUGUGUGUGUGUGUGCGUUUGUAUCAUAUUUUAUCUAUUUUUAAUAUCUCUCUCGCUCUCACAAUGUUUCACUGUGGUUCACACAUGGGAGUCAAAAGCUUUGGGCCAUCUCUUUCUGGCGUUGAACUGAAGUGGUUGUACUCAGAAUAAUUCUGGAUUCUAGAGGGCUUGCAAAGUGAGGCACUGAAUGUGGUUUAUAAGAAGUCGGAACCUAGUUGGCGAGGUCAGGGUGGACUUUUCUUAUCAGUGACGUACCAGGUUUCAUGGCCUAUUUAGUCUGCUGAUGUGCUUGGUGGAGCUCUGACGCUCAACAUCUGAUUCGGGAUGUUAGGAAAGGAGAAACUGGAACAACGCGUACUUCGUGCUCCGUGUCUCGGGUUUGUGACUCGUGAGACAGGGUGUUUUAGUGGAUUGGAAAGUUGUUUUGAAAUGUGUUAAUGUGGGCACCGAGUUCUCUAUCCGCAACUUAUGGUUGGUAGUCUGACUUAGUUACAACCUGCUAUGAUGGAAUUCCUGGAUGUCCUACCUGUAGCGCUGCGUCGUUGAUGACAAAAGCUUCUGAAAGACGAGACUUUGGUGCCUUCUACCUCUCCCCAGAUGGCACGAGGUGGAUGCUGUUGGAGUGGGCCAUUUUUCCUUGGCUCCUUGUCCCGCAAGAACAAAAAACGAAUCGUUCCGGCAACUAGAGUACACGAUGGAACGGCACAGCCAUCCGAUCCCCAGGGCCAGUUUGCCUUCCUACUUGCACCUCCUUCAUCUCCAGCGUCUUAUGCUAAUUCCAUGGCUCCAUCUUCUGUUCAGUCGCCGUAUUACCCUUCAUCAUGCCCUGUUCCUCAGGGUGGUGGCUCAAGAAUUCCUCUAGAAACACAGUCUAAUAUGUUUGCUGUGGGUCCUUACGCACAUGAAACAGCGCUUGUCUCGCCUCCAGUUUUUUCUACAUUUACAACUGCUCCCUCAACAGCUCCUUUUACGCCUCCGCCUGAACUUGCCGCUCACUUUACCACUCCCUCUUCUCCUGAUGUUCCUUUUGCAAAGCUGCUAGCAUCUUCUUUCUCAGACCAACGAUCUACUAAACGGGAACCGGAGCCCCCUUACUCUGCCUCACCUUUUGCCUCCCCUGAUUACUAUCAACAAGAUCACAGUCAGCAAGAUGACUUGCAGGUUGGAUAUCAGUUGUAUGCAGGAAGUCCCCUUGGUUGUUUGAUUUCCCCUGCUGGCACCACCGGUGAGUCAACUCCAUUUGCUGGGCGUGGCACUAUUGGUACUAAUACACCUCAUGCAGAAGGUGACAAUCCCACUCCAUUGACUGUCCUCCCAGCAGUGGUAAGCACGCUACCUAACCUUGAGCACCAGGUAGCCGAGGGACUUCAUCAAAGGAGUAUUCUAGAUUCUCAAUGUGGGCCAGGAGAGCCUCUGAAUGACAGCGGCAGAGAGCGACAUGGGAGCUUUGACAGUCACUCACGGUUCAUGGGAGCCAUGAUUCAUGAACGUGAUCCAUCUGAUUCGGCUUCACACUCGUAUGGGCAUGAGCAGCACAGUGGUAGUUUGAGUGGACUUCAUGAGGUCUUGGAGGGACGGAACAGGCACAGGAAACUAAAUCAGGACAAGUCUUCACGAUUCACAGGUCUGAAAACCCAAGAGCAGGAAAAGGAUGACGUUCGCAAUGAGGAUUUACUUGAACUUCCGAUGCUGUUGGGCAGUGAAAGUUCUCAGGGUGGUUCUAGGGCGUCACGUUCUCCGAAUAAUAGAAGUAAAGUACAGAGCAAAGCAGGGAGCCGGGUGGAGAGCAAGGCUGGGUCUGAUUCUUUGAAAGAGUGGGACCGCAAUGAAAAUAAUUUACUGGAGUAUGCACUGAGCUUGCUCGAAGGAAGCGACGGGAAAAGGCCGGGAACAAUCGGGUGGGCGCCUGUGGAUACCUCGCUUCCUCGAGAACCUGAAGCUUCCACUCAGUCAUCCUCUGACUUGAGUAACGGGACCGAAGAAAAUGAAACGGAUCGUGUGUAUAAAGGUGACCAGAAUGGUAAAAGCAGCAGUGAAGGUUUCCAGGAAGCAAUAUCUGCGGGAGCAAUUGAGGAGCCUGAGGAAACAGUUGUUUCGGCUGAAAACCAUGAUUGCAGUUCGAGAUACGAGUCGCUUGUCUCUCAAUAUGAGCAGCUAUCAGUGGCAUUGAAGGAGGCAGAAAGGAAACAACUAGAGAAAGAUCGUCUUGCUGAAGAAAGAGAGCAACAAAAAAGGCAUCUCACACAUUUGCUGCAAUCGGGGGGUUUACAGAAACUUGUGGGGGAUUAUUUAAGGGCUGGCAACGAAGUGGGCAAAAACAAGAAGACCAAAGAUGCACCAUGAUACAGGAAUUCUUCUCUAGCUCAUCAGCCCCUCAAUACAUAGGCAUUACAUGCAUAAGCAAUAACAAGUGCUGGUGGUCAAUCUGGGCAGGACAUGGUAGUCGCUAACGAGCCCUAGAUCUGUUGGACAACUACACGCUCCAGGCACCGUGUUUGACCAGAGAUUUGAGGGUUUGAAGCCUAUCAAUACUCUUGUAGUACGUUCACCUGGCGACAAAAGUUGUUGUCAUCGCACAGUAUUUUCGCUGUGUACAUUGCUAUUUGAAACUGCAAUUUAAUAUUCACUUCUUAUAAGCUUUGUUCACCCUU